GACAUGGGAUUUUCAGUUGUCAUUUUGCCUUGGUUGAACUGUGUUUAGUUUUUUAUUUUCAAAAACAACUCUUAAAACCACCAACAGAUGGAGCCAGUCUUCCCUCCUCUGUCAUCAAGUGAAGUUGGUGACAAUUUACACAGUUGUGUUCCGAGGUAUGUAGUCGGUGUACAGCCAACAUUUUGCAGAGAAAACUGUCAUCUCCUCAUGACUGCAGCCCACGGUCCUGCAGCGAUACUUCAACCAGAGUUUUACAGACACUUGUCUUUUCUUGACACUUCACCCUCACCCUCCUGAACUCACCCAGCCGCCCACACUCACUCAUGAUGCACCUGUUUAGGUGAAAGGCACUGGAAAGAGUCGGCAAAGCUGUCGGAAACAACACGAGCUCAUCUUCCUCCUCCGAUGCAAUUAAUGCAGGAAGGAGCGAGCGUCAGGGGGGACUCCGCAGAGCCGCACACCGAGCACAGCGCAGGAUCUCUGGACAACAUGUGCAGCGAGUGUUACGUCAAUCAGUCUUUCGUGAACGACGACGGCACCGUGAUCGACCACAAACCAGGCUCUUCUACAGCACCACCACCACAGUCCACCAGCUGCAGCAGUGGGGUAAUCUUGGACAUCUCCACCCUCAAGAUGGAGCAGGUGGAGAGUGAAGUGCCUCCUCUGCCGCCGCGUUUCCGUUUCCGAGACCUGCUGCUGGGAGACCAAAGCUUCCAGAAUGAUGACAGGGUGCAGGUCGAGUUCUACGUGAAUGAAAACACCUUCAAGGAGCGUCUGAAGCUGUUCUUCAUCAAAAACCAAAGAUCCAGUCUAAGGAUUCGAGUGUUCAACUUCUCCCUGAAGCUGCUCACCUGUCUGCUGUACAUCAUCAGAGUGAUGACGGACAACCCCGACCAGAGCAGCAGCUCCAGCCACAGUGUGGGUCAACAGAACAAUCCCAGCGGCAACAGCAAAUGUGUUGACUGCCAGUGGAAUGGAUCAGAGCAGGACAGAGAAAUCAACUGGGAGCUGAUCUUCUGGGUGGACAGAAAAGCUCCGGUGUGGGCCAUUCAAGUGAUCGUGGCCAUCAUUAGUUUUCUGGAGACAAUGUUACUGAUGUAUCUGAGCUACAAGGGGAACAUUUGGGAACAGAUUUUCCAGGUGUCGUUUCUUCUGGAGAUGAUCAAUACAGUUCCCUUCAUCAUUACAAUUUUUUGGCCUUCCAUCAGGAACAUUUUCAUUCCCGUGUUUCUUAACUGCUGGCUGGCCAAGUGUGCCCUGGAGAACAUGAUUAACGAUGUCCACAGAGCCAUCCAGAGGACCAACUCAGCCAUGUUCAACCAGGUCCUCAUUCUCAUCUGCACCUUACUCUGCCUCGUCUUCACUGGCACAUGUGGAAUCCAACAUCUGGAACGAGCGGGAAAGAACCUCACUCUCUUCAAUUCCUUCUACUUUUGCAUCGUCACCUUCUCCACCGUGGGCUUCGGAGACGUGACUCCUCGCAUAUGGCCGUCCCAGCUGCUCGUAGUCAUCAUGAUCUGCGUAGCUCUCGUGGUGCUCCCUCUGCAGUUUGAGGAGCUGAUCUACCUGUGGAUGGAGAGACAGAAGUCUGGAGGGAAUUACAGUCGCCACAGAGCGCAGACGGAGAAACACAUCGUACUGUGUGUGAGCGCGCUCAAAAUAGACCUGCUCAUGGACUUUCUCAAUGAGUUCUACGCACAUCCUAGACUGCAGGAUUACUACGUGGUGAUCCUGUGUCCAAGUGAAAUGGACCUUCAGGUGCGGAGAGUUCUGCAGAUCCCGCUGUGGUCACAGAGGGUCAUCUAUCUCCAAGGAUCGGUUCUCAAGGACCAGGAUCUGCUGAGAGCCAAGAUGGACGAUGCAGAGGCUUGCUUUAUUCUGAGCAGUCGCAAUGAGGGGGAUCGAACCGCUGCGGACCACCAGACCAUCCUGAGAGCCUGGGCCGUCAAGGACUUUGCUCCAAACUGUCCACUUUACGUUCAAAUACUCAAACCUGAAAAUAAGUUUCAUGUGAAAUUUGCAGAUCAUGUUGUGUGUGAGGAGGAGUUCAAAUACGCCAUGUUGGCUCUGAACUGCGUGUGUCCCGCCACCUCCACCUUGGUCACUCUGCUCGUCCACACCUCCCGUGGACGAGAAGGACAGCAGUCUCCGGAGCAGUGGCAGAGGAUGUACGGAUGUUGCUCCGGCAACGAGGUCUAUCACAUCCGACUGUGUGACAGCAAGUUCUUUGGGGAGUAUAAUGGCAAGAGCUUCACGUACGCCUCCUUUCACGCUCACAAGAAGUAUGGAGUUUGUCUGAUUGGUAUAAAGAGGGAGGAAAACAAGAACAUCCUCCUGAACCCUGGUCCUCGCCACAUCAUGGCCGCCACGGACACAUGCUACUACAUCAACAUCACCAAGGAAGAGAACUCCGCCUUCAUCUUUAACCAGGAGGAGAGGAAGGGUCGUCCAGCAGGGGGACUCUACGACGGACCCUCACAGCUUCCUGUACACAGCAUCAUCGCCAGCAUGGGGACUGUCGCCAUGGACCUCCAGAACACCAGCCCGCCCGAGGACUCGGGGGGUAAACUGGUGCCCCCUACAGUCAAUGGGACAGGGAGCCGUCGGCCCAGCAUCGCUCCUGUCCAGGAGCUGGCAGACUCCUCCUCUAUCCUGCCAUGUGACCUCCUCAGUGACCAGUCAGAAGACGACUCGGUCUUCACGGAUGAGAAGGAUUCCUCAUGUCUUGAGUAUGUAAAGGGUUAUCCCCCUAACUCCCCGUACAUCGGAAGCUCGCCCACCUUGUGUCAUCUGUUAGCUGAGAAAGCCCCAUUUUGCUGCCUACGACUGGACCAGGGUUGCAGGCACAACAGUUUUGAAGAUGCUAAAGCGUACGGUUUUAAAAACAAACUCAUCAUUGUAUCUGCUGAGACGGCAGGAAACGGCCUCUACAACUUCAUCGUGCCUCUGAGAGCCUACUACAGGUCCAGGAAAGAACUCAAUCCCAUUGUUCUGCUGCUGGACAACCCACCAGAUCAUCACUUUCUGGAAGCCAUCUGCUGUUUCCCUAUGGUCUACUACAUGGCUGGCACCAUGGACAACCUUGACAGUUUGCUGCAGUGUGGCAUAAUCUAUGCAGACAAUUUGGUUGUUGUGGAUAAAGAGAGUACAAUGAGCGCUGAGGAGGACUACAUGGCCGACGCCAAGACCAUUGUCAAUGUGCAGACAAUGUUCAGAUUGUUUCCCAGUCUCAGCAUCAUCACAGAGCUGACUCAUCCGUCCAACAUGAGAUUUAUGCAGUUCAGAGCAAAGGACUGUUAUUCACUGGCGCUCUCAAAGCUGGAGAAGAAAGAGCGUGACAAAGGUUCCAACCUGGCCUUCAUGUUCCGCCUCCCCUUCGCUGCAGGCAGAGUGUUCAGCAUCAGCAUGUUGGACACACUUCUCUAUCAGUCUUUUGUGAAGGAUUACAUGAUCCUCAUCGCCAGGCUGCUGCUGGGACUGGACACCACUCCAGGAUCGGGAUACCUCUGCGCUAUGAAAGUGAAUGAGGAAGAUCUGUGGAUUAGCACCUACGGCAGACUGUUCCAGAAACUCUGCUCAUCGAGUGCGGAAAUUCCAAUCGGCAUCUAUCGAACUGAGUGCCACAUUUUUGCGUCUUCUGAGUCUCAGGUCUCAGUCAGUGUUGAUGACUGUGAAGACACCAAGGACAAGGCCGAAGAAGCCCGCAGCACCGACCAAACAGAUCACCCACUGCUGAGGAAGAAGAGCAUGCAGUGGGCACGGCGGCUCAGCAAGAAAGGUGGGAAAUGGCAGGGACUCAGCAGGGAUUCUAGCAAGGAGCACAGCCAGCGCAUCACCCAGCAACGCCUCAGUCUUUACAGACGCUCCGAGAGGGAGGAGCUGUCUGAUCUGAUCCGGAACCGUAUGAGACACCUGGGCCUCCCCACCUCGGGAUACGACCUCGCCAAUCUCACCGCCAGUGACGUCAUGAACAGAGUCAAUCUGGGCUACUUACAAGAUGAACAGAACGAUCAGCAAAACACACUGUCAUAUGUUCUGAUCAACCCUUCACCUGACACCAGGCUGGAACUCAACGAUAUUGUGUACCUGAUUCGUUCAGACCCUCUCGCUCAUGUACCUGAUGAACCUCCUGUCAACCACAGCACCUUGAAAGAAAGACACAAGUCGGGCUUGGAAACCAGAGAGGACGCUCAUCACUGAAGAGACGCCGACCCUCCGUCCUCAAACUCACUCCUCUCCCCCUUUACUGCCCUCUACAUACGAGUCUGGUUCUGUCCACACAGGUCCAGUCUGAGCGACAGGGCGGGUUGUGCCGUGUGACUCACUCGCUGUGGUCUGAGACAGAGCGCCUCAAACGAAUGUGUGACAGGAAUUCUCUGGAACCACUUGAGUGAAAACAUUUUAAAACAUUUUAAAGUAUUUGCCUGGAUCAGCUGUAUAUAAGGAACGUGUCAUAGUCACGGUGAACACAUGUCAGAUAUUUAUCGACGUUUGGCUCAAGUAAAAUCUCUGCAUUAAAAGUAUAUUUCAGUUUGACUGUGUAGCUAAAGGAAACUUCUAGAUGUUCAAGCAUCGGUGGUUACACACUUGAUACAGUAUGUUGUGUGGCUUUUCAGUGGCUCAGUCCAACCCUUGUUUAACCCUUUAAUCCUGUUUUAUGUCACAUGUUCAGUAUUUUACAUUAAGAGGUGUUUGAUGUAUUUCUCUCCGAUCGGAAAAAUAAUGUAUUUUUUAAAGGGUUUCGUCAUUUUCACAGCAAUUUACAAUUGUAAAUUGUAAACUUGAUUGAAAUAUUUGUAUGUCAGGUUCAUUUUGUCCCAUUUGGCACAUUAAAGUGGCAUCAUUUAAAAAAAAAAAGACAACUGUAAAUGUUUUACUUUUUACUUUAACUUAACUAAGGUUUUGACAUUUAAUAAGGUUCAGGUUGUAGAUAAGGACACACACAUAAAACACAGGUGGGCAAACUGAGGUU